AUUCUUUUUCCAGCAGAGGUAGCUUUAGAUUACUGAAAAUUUACAGAUUAAAGUACAAAGUACAUUUUCAUAAUUACAUGUACACAAUCAUAGUCUUAUCGGCCGCCAUCAUACUCGGACAUCAAAAUGACUGACGGUAAGAAGACAUAUUACCACCACACAACUAAGGACGGAGCCGCACAAAUAUUACAGUCAGGGUACAUCAAGCAAUCAACUGAUACGAAAACAGAUGCUGCGUAUGGUCCCGGUACCUACCUUACCAGAAUGGGCCAAGACAAGUCCCAGAAUGAUAUAGCAAAGAAUAACUACGACGGAGUCAACAAUCGGUUCGCAGAUAAAAUGAUGAAGGAAGGUAAAACAGACGUGGCCAUAGCCAUUGAUCUGCCCAGCACUAAGGUUACCAAGGCGAAUUCAGAUCGCGACAUUUAUGUGUCGCAGGGAGAUAUUACCAUAAAGGACAAAAAUCCAAGGGUUUAUGUGAGGGAUAAGGAUGGAAAGGCUCAAGAGUUCAAACCCAAGAGAAAAUGAAACUUGAAAGGCGGAAAUAGUUUUUAUUAACCAAAUUGUGUGAAGAAGUUAAAAAAAAUAAAAAAAAUAAAAUGUUGAAGGGAGCUGCAGUAACAACAUACUUUCUAAUCAUUUUCGUAUAUUUUAAUAACUGAAAUUUGAAAACAACAUUGAAAUACUUGUGUGUUUAUUCUGAAUCGGCGCAACUACUCAUAAGAACAAAACGUACAACGGACUAUUGGUCGAGUGAAAACAAGAAAAGACUCUUUAAAAAAGCCUUAAUUUUAUUUCAACUUUAUUAGGACUGUUAUAAUUAUAAGUGUAUUUUGAUGAUAUUUUUAAAAUAUGAGUUCAGUUGUAGAUAGAAUUAUUUUGAUAGCUGUUGCAAAGAGGUAUGACGCAUAUUGGCCUGUUUCGACCUAACGGUGACUGUUUUCAAAAUCAAAAAAAUAAAUGUUAAAAACUGAGUUUUUAAAUACAAGCCAUAAAAUCUAUAACAUAUAAAGGUUCCUAUUUGCGCAACAAUUGUUUGUUCAUUGCAAUGGAUAUUUCAUAAAAUGACCGUAAAGUUACAUCAUCGAGCUAUUUGCAGCUUUCGAUGGGGGUUUUCCCCACAUUCAUAUCGUUUUUUGACAUAGAUCGCAUCGGAAGACCAACUUUUACAAUGUCUAAUUGUAUUCUAUGUAUCAAAAGACAAAUAAAAUCCUAUUCUUAAAAAUUGGUCCUCCGAUGCGCUGGUAUAGAAAAAUUGAAUAAACGUAGUUGAUAAAACGUUUUAAUUUUAGCAUUAACUAGACUGAUUAUAAAUAAUAACAUUCUUGUGGUUUUUGCAUUAAAUCCAAUUGAACCGAAUAUUUUUCACCUGGUUGGAGAUUUUCCGUAACAUUUAGAUCACUCAUCAAGAUUGUUUUUUUUGGUAUUAUCGGAUACCAAGUCGAGAGAAUAUUGAAGUAUUUGCCAGGUUUUAACCACGAGAGUUUGAGAAUACAAUAGCAAAUACCUUUCAAUCCUACUCGAAAAUCUCAAAGCGUAAUUUCUUCAAUAGUUGAUUUAAACAGAAUCCAAAGCUUUGAAAACGACAAUAAAAAGCAUUAGGCGCAAACUGUUUUAGCUCAGUUAGCCUUCUCAAAACCUAAAUACAUUGAACAUAUAUCAUGUUUGCCUUAAUAUGUACAUUUCAAUAAAUAAAUCAAUAAAUAAUCAACAAAACAGGUUUUUUUUAUGUACGUUCUGCUUAAAUUUAUAUGUUAAGACAGCCACGAUGUAUGUAAAAUGUAUUUAAGGUAAACAAUUAAUUAAUUAACAAAAUAUUCUGCUAACAGUCGUUUCUGUACCCUGACCCACUCUCAAGAGAAUCAGCUAGGGUUUUCACACAGACAAAGCAAAACAAAAACAAAAAACUAAACAAAAACAAAACAAAGCAAAAAGAAAAAAAACGGAAAAAA